AGCCAUUCUACCAUUCGCCAUUCCGCUACCAAUACACCGCGAAAAGUGGCUACUCCAGCUAAUAAAAAAAAAGUAAACAAUUAUCAUAGACAAUAAAAUAAAAAAUAAAUCGUAUAAAGUAUUCGGUCAAGAGUUCCUAAUUUGAAAUUUAGAAUUGUGUUAUAUUUUAAAAAAUGGCGUUCGCCGUACCGGACAGUAUUUCGAAGAAAAAUACUUUUGAAGAUGCCUUGGACCUUACAGGUUUCGGCAAAUACAAUGUGGGUAUGCUGAUAACGUGCUGCCUGCUGAUCCUGGCUAUGUACCUGGAUAUCUUCGGUUUCUCCGUCGUCCUGCCUGCCAUGGCGUGUGACAUGUCGCUGAACACAUCACAACAGGGUCUACUGUCCGCUAUACCGCUUAUAGGUGUAAUCCUAUCGUCUUACGGUUGGGGAUUAUGCGCCGAUACAACAGGACGUCGAAAAACUUUGCUCAUAGCAAUGCCAGUCGGCUUCAUCCUCAGCCUUGCAGCUACCAUGGCACCUAGCUUCGCGAUAAUGGCUAUCCUCAAGUUCCUGUCUGUCUCAUUCUCAGCCGCAGCGAAUGCAGCAGCAUUCGUCCUAUUAGCUGAGAGUGUACCGAGCAGACAUCGAAGCCGCUUCAUGUUCCUCAUGGCCAGCGCUACUAUGGUGGUGCAGCUUAUUAUUUGCUCUUUCGCCUUACCAAUAUUCACUCUAGACUUCGCUUACGAGAUCUCCUGGCUAGGCGUGGUGUACAGACCCUGGCGCAUGUUGAUGCAAGUCAUCUGCCUUCCAUGUGGCCUGGGCAUCUUAUUCAUGAGCUUCCUACAAGAGAGCCCCAAGUUCCUCCUGAGCAAAGACAGGCAUGAUGAGGCUUUAGAGGUGUUCAAGGCUAUCUACAGGUGCAACACUGGACAGAAGAAGGAUACUUAUUCUAUAAUGCACGUAUACCUAGAAGAAGCGUUGGCUGUCACUUCUGCUGAAACUUCAGUGCUAAGGAAGGUGUGGAACCAAACCGCUCCUCUGUUCAAGCGACCACUAUUAAAGAACUCGGCUAUUUUGUACUAUCUGCUGCUUACAGCUUAUAUGACAUCAACUGGUUUCACAAUGUGGGUGCCAACUAUGACCAACGCUUAUUUCACUGGCGAUGAAAGUAACCACGGUCGCACCUUCUGUGAAGUUGCUAGUCAAAGCACAAAGACUGGAUCCAGUAAUGGCACUGAAUCAGGAAACUGCACAGGAAGCAUUGAGCCCAGAGCAUUAUACGCCACAAUGAUAUACUCGGGCGUUUCCACCGUACUGAUGAUCUGUCUUUCCUUCAUCGUCGGCAUAAUGGGAAAGAAGAAGAUCACCCUCACCGUCUUCAUCAUAUCGUCCACUGCUGGGACAUUGCUGCUCUUCAUCAAAGUCCCGAUGCUGAGCAUCGCUUUGUUCUUCAUUUUCUUAUACGUCGCUCAAAUUCUUGGCAAUGUUAACACGUAUCUAGUCGAGCUGAACCCUACACAUUUGAGGGGUAUGGCAACAUGUCUGUCCGUGGUAGUGGCUCGUGGGUCUGGCUUCUUCAGCGUGCAGAUCAUCGCCAGCCUCCUCGGCGACUACUGCAUGCCCAUGCUUAGUGGAUACGUCGCCUUAGUUAUGUCUGGAUUCGUAGUCGCAACAUUCCUGCCAUCAGACUCCAAACCAGCAGAGCAAAAGUUUGAAAUAGAAAGAAGUGAUACAGAUGAUGUUGAAAAUCCUAAAGUUUAAGCUCAAUGCUAGUAUUUUUUAUAUUUUUUUAUUUCGAUCUGACUUUUCCUAUACUUGGGAUGUUGGAUCUAUUAUUAUUUGAAUGUCUGUGACAUUCUUUGUUAGUUUUUCGGACCGUUUUAGGCUCCCAAUUGUUGAUGUAGAUUGAAUAGAGAAUUAUUGCCAAAAACUCGAUUUUAUGAAAUCAGGGUUUUAUAUCGUCUAAUUACCCUUUAUGGCACAAUUGAGAUGUUUUCGAAUAUUCAAAUCCCGUUCUUUCCUCGCGCGAAAUAUUAAGACACACAUAAAUUUGUUACGAAUUAA